AUGAACACAGAUGUGGUGGAAGUUGCAAAUGCACUAGCAAACCCGCAUCCAUUUCAGGUGCCUUCUUUCAUGCGGUUGUUGGAUUUGGAGGCUAUGCACGCACCGGAGUUUCUGCAGUAUAUGAACACAGCGCUUCCUGUUGUGGCGGAUGGUGAGUUCACAGUGGGGAUGGAAUUCAAUUCAAGGGAGGCAGUAAUCAAGGCAAUGAAAGAUUAUACCAUCCGGAGAGGUGUGGACUAUCGAGUAUAUGAGUCGGACUCGACGACAUUCUAUGCCAAAUGUACAGAAUAUGGGAAUGGUUGUGAUUGGUUGAUCAGGGUUACCAAAAUGCAGAAGAAGUACUGUUGGGAGAUAAGGAGGUACAAUGAAAGUCACACUUGUAUCAGGUCUACUAUUUUUCAAGACCAUUCGAAGCCGGAUUCCAAGACAGUUGCAGAAGUAAUUAAGCCAUUGGUAGAGGUUGACCCGUCUAUAAAGGUGAAAUCAGUAAUUGCUGAAGUCCAGUCAAAGUUUAACUACACCAUCAGUUAUCGCAAGGCUUGGUUAGCGAAGCAGCAGGCGGUGGAAUUAAUUUUCAGAGGUUGGGAAGCAUCAUAUGAAACUUUGCCCAUAUGGUUUGAGGCCAUGAGUCACAAGGAGCCAUCAGCAGUGGUUCACUUUGAAACAAUGCCUGCUUACCAGGGGGAUGAUUUGGUUCCUGAUAUACGUGUACUGCAUAGAGUCUUCUGGAGUUAUUACCCUUGUAUAAGGACCUUCAAACACUGCAAGCCAGUGGUGCAGGUGGACGAGACUCAUUUGUAUGAAAAAUACAAGGGUUGUUUAUUAGUUGCUGUCUUACAAGAUGGUAAUAACAACAUCGUGCCUAUUGCAUUCGCCAUAGUAGAGGGAGAGACUUCUGAUGCAUGGUACUUUUUCCUUAGUAACUUGCGUCAACAUGUGGUGACACAUGAUGGAUACUCGAGGACGAUCAGGGAGUACCAGAUGCGCUAUGAACGAUUAAAGGAACGGGGUGAGGCUUACACCAACUGCCUUGAUCGGAUCCCACGUGAGCAGUAUGCUUUGGCAUUUGAUGGUGGAUACCGAUGGGGUCAUAUGACCACCAAUCUUGUGGAGUGCAUCAACUCCGUCUUAAAGGGUGCACGCAAUCUCCCGGUGACUGUGCUUGUUAAGGCUACAUUUUACAGACUGAAUGAGUUGUUCACUAGGAAAAGAGCUGAGGUUGAAGCCCAAAUUAAUGCUGGACUUGUGUUCUCUGAGAUGGUGACCUCCAAGAUGCAUGCAAAUCAACGAGCAUCGGAUAACAUACAGGUUAGUUGUUUUGAUAGAGAAAAUGAAGUAUUUGAGGUACGCGAGAUGCCAAGUGGGGUUGAAUAUGCAGUUUACCUACGCCACCGUCGUUGCGACUGUGGUGAAUUCCAGGUUGACCGAAUUCCGUGUCGACAUGUGUUUGUUUGUUGUACAAAUCAGCAGUUGGACUGGCAAGUGUACGUUCAUGAUGUAUACAAGAUGGACCAAGUUUGA